UAUGCUACUAUAAAUAUCACUCAUUCUCAACCAUUUUCAUCACAACUUCAUUUACAGAACAAAAAACACCUCCUAUAACCUUUUGGCCUUACUUUAUAGCACUCAGAAGCAAGUUUUAACAACAAUGAAGAAAGUAGUGUUGAAGGUGGACUUGCAUGGCGAUAGAAUCAAGCAAAAGGCUAUGCAGACAGCAUCUGGCCUUUCAGGGAUUGAAUCGGUUGCUGUUGAUGUGAAAGACAUGAAAUUGAUCUUGUUGGGUGACAUUGAUCCCGUGAAUGCAGUGUCGAAGCUAAGAAAAUUGUGUCAUACUGAAAUAGUUUCGGUUGGACCAGCAAAAGAUGAGAAAGAUAAGGUUGAGACAGCAAAGUUACCUGUUCCUCUAAAACUGAAUGAAGCAUACUAUCCCAUUUAUUAUCAGAUGACUCCACAGUACAGUCAAAGUUACUAUGCCACAAGUUACGAUGAAAAUCCUAAUACCUGUGUCAUAUGCUAAACUAAACAUAAUAUCAGACAAUAUGAUAAGAAAGACAAAGUACUGAUGUUGUUGGUUUUGUUAGUAUUUUGCAUGAUCUUAGAUCGAAGAUUAUGGUGUGUACAAGGUGGUAAUAAUUAUGUAGAGAGUAAUUGCGGUGUGGUGUAUGAUUAAUUGUCAUUUUGUAAAACGUAUUCCACAAAAAAUAUGUUAUGUUCCAAGAUUUGAGUAAUAUAUCAUCUUCUUGAUGUUUUU